AUGUCCGAGUCGCCUGAGCAAACUGCAGCAUUCCUCCCAACAGAGAGCCAAGAGGGUACUGAAGAAUCCCCAAGUUUCCACAAGAAGCUAUUGAAGGCAUCCAUUUGGUUGAUCGUUUUGGGCGCUGUGGCAGUACUGGCGAAUGUCUUGGACAUUGAAGAGACCUCAUCCAACAUAUCGAGUCUUAUGAACAAAAGCUCUACUACAAAGGAUUCGAUCAAAAAGAAAAAGCAUUAUUAUGCAAACACACAAAAGAAGAAUUCCACCCAAAAACUUCCAUUUACAAAUACUAGUACCCCACCGGCAACUCCUGAGGUUCCGACUGCUGAAAAUCCAGCUACCCUGGAUGCCACCAAUCCACCAGCGACUCCCAAUCCUACUAAUCCACCAGCCACGCCACAGCCAACAGAGCCAGUUCCUCCACCUCCAGCACCCCAAACAGCAGAGCCUGCAGAGUGCGAAAAGUUACCAGCACCAGCCGAUGGUACUUGUGCAGCAGCAAACCCUUCUAUUCUUGACAAUGGGAUGAAAGAUUCAUUUGCUGGCUGGUAUUCUUUGAAUAAUGAUGAUUGUUGUCAAGAUUACUGCCGUUGGGUUGGCAAUAGUCGUUCAGGAGGAGACCCCAAGCAACAAAUCACGUUUAAGGAAUCCUUUUGGUCUUGCCGACCAGCAGGGUACACCUCCUGUACCUAUUUUGAGAACUUUGGUGGUGGUACAACGUUCAAUGCUGUCAAGUGUGAAGGCCAGGGUAAAAAGGCUCAACCUACACUAGCACCCGCCGGACCAACUAUGUGGAUCCAUGUAGUGCAUUGGGCCGAGGGUAUGGCUGCCUGGAGGGUUGCGUUGGAGCAAAUGCUGCAGGUUGCCAAAGCUGUGAAUGGGAUUUUUGUAGAGCCAUGCGUCCAAGCUGCCAGGUUGGAGUCUUGUGCUUCCUUUGGUGGUGAAGGCAAAGGUGUCAGGCUUGGCAGCAUGGUGGAUUUGGACGAACUCAAAAGAUUCCAUCCACACAUUGUUUCGUACGAUGACUUUGUCCGUGAAACAAGUUACAACUUUGCCCAACCACAAGGUCCACAAAUCCAUUUCGCCUGCUUGGACAAGACCAAACGGUGUGAAGAACGUGGUAUCAAGAUCAAUUCCAGCUACAAAUCGCAGAGUCAGCCAUCGCUGGAAGCGGCAUAUCAAGCCAGCUUCAAUGGAAUGGUCAUUUGGGAAGUUGUAAAGUAUCGAAAAUUUGCCUUUAAUGGACUGCAGAUAAACGGACAGCCUGUGAGUGUCGGUUCUCCAACUAUUCGAUUCCCACCCGCACAAUACGCAAAGGUGGAAGAAAUGCUGGAGACGUCAUUGGGCAUUGCCAGAGGAUCGCGAUGGGCCGCCAUUCAAUGGAGACCGGAAAUUGAUCCAAUGGACUACACAAAGUGCGCAGAAGCCAUUUUGUGGACACGGGAUCUCGUCAGCCAUCGUGACAAUAUUCCCGAAAGCAAUUUUGUCCUCAUAUCUCCCCUGAGUAACAACAAAGGUUUGCAAUGGGGUGGAGUCAAGAAAAUGGCCGACAGAAAUAGUAAUACAUCCUAUCCUGCACUGGACAUGCUACUGAAUGCCGGAAUCAAAAAGUUGGAGCAAUCCUUUGAUCAGGUCUACGACGGAGGGUUGCUUGCCGUUUGGGAUUUUAUCAUGGCCGAAACUGCCACAGUCUUAUCAACAUGUUCUGGUUGCAAAAGAGGCACUUGUACCCGAUGCAACUAUCAAGGUGCAUCGGCAGGUUAUGUUCUUGGCCUCCGCAAAACUUAUCAAAAACGACAUCCCGAAUCCAAGAGCGCCACAGAUCAGUGUUGGCCAGUAUGA